AUGGCUGAAAAUGAGAAUCAUGAUCGGGAAGUAGUGAAUCAGAAUAGGACACGUAGAGAUUAUUUACAACCUGUUAGAACUAGCACACCUUCAUGUAUAAUCCAACCUUUGAAUGCAAAUGCCUUUAAUUUCAAACCUGGAAUGAUUCCAUUAAUUCCACAUUUUCAUGGCAUGGAUUCCGAGAAUCCUUACCUUCAUAUCAAAGAGUUUGAAGAGAGAAGUGUAGCAUAUGUGAGGAUCAUGGGCAUUCAACUAAUGAGUGUCCCACGAUCCCGCAUUCAAAGAGGAUGGAGAAACCACCCAAAUUUUGGGUGGAGGAAUGACCAGCAAGUAGCUCCAGCAGCCUUGGCUCCGGGACCCUCUCAACUCGCAAUUCAAGCACCUCCAAUGCAAAAGAAGGGAUUUGAAGAGACAGUACAGCAAUUGUCAAACACCUUGCAGCAGUUUAUGCAAGGUCAAGCAACAAUCAACAAUCCAAACUCUCAAGCGAUAAAUGACAUUCGGAGCACACUUACAAAGAUGACUACGGCAUGGAGCUCUCAAGAGAAAGGAAAACUUCCUGCACAACCUCAACCCAAUCCACAAAGUCAGCCACCACAAGGAGCAGUUGAGAGUUCAAAUGUGAGGCAAGUGAAGGCGGUCACCACUUUGAGAAAUGGUAGGGUGGUGAACAUUCCGGCUCAAGGUUCAGACAAGGCUGGUAAGGUCUCUAAACCUGUACAAAAUGAGGCUGAAAAUGGUGAGUUUGAACAAAAUGAAACUGAAACUGAAAAGAUCUCAUGUCCUGUACCUACUCCUUUUCCUCAAAGAUUGGUUCCUCUGCACAAAGACAAACACCAAUCUGAAAUUUUAGAAAUAUUCAAGCAUGUUAGGAUUAAUAUCCCUUUGUUGGAUGCUAUUCAACAAAUUCCUGCAUAUGCUAAGUUUCUAAAAGAUUUGUGUACGGUUAAAAGAAAAUUAAAUGUGCAAAAAAAAGCUUUUCUUACUGAGCAGGUCAGUGCCAUAAUUCAGAGCAGUACCCCACCAAAAUAUAAAGAUCCCGGUUCACCAACAAUUGCUUGUGUUAUAGGAAGUUCAAAAAUUGGUCAAGCAUUGUUAGAUCUAGGUUCAAGUGUGAAUUUACUGCCUUAUAAUGUUUAUGAGCAACUUGGUUUGGGGGAAUUAAAACCAACUCCUAUCAUUUUACAACUAGCGGACAGGUCUAUUAAAAUGCCAAGAGGAGUUGUUGAGGAUGUCUUGGUUCAAGUGGAUAAAUUCUUUUAUCCCGUUGAUUUUGUUGUGUUGGAUGUUCACUUGACACCAAAAUCUUCUUUUCAAGCACCUGUGAUUCUUGGAAGACCUUUUCUUGCUACUUCAAAUGCAUUAAUAAAUUGUAGGAGUGGUGUUUUAAAGCUGAGUUUUGGGAACAUGACCCUUGAACUAAACAUUUUCAAUAUUUGUAGGCAACCUCAAGACUUGGAAGAUGUACAAGAAGUGAAUUUGUUGGAAAGCAUCCUUGAGGAGGAGACUUAUUUGGCAUACCAGCCCACUAACCUGCUGUUUGAGUUAGAAAAUUUUUGUGAACUCCUCACUGAUGACACCCCCAUUGAUGUUUCUCAUGUUUUUAAUGCAGAAAAUAAAUUGGAGACUAAAUGGAGGCCAAAGAUUGAGCAACUCCCACCGUUGACAGUAAGUUUGAAGCCUUCAGCAAAUGAAAUCCCAACACUAGAGCUGAAGCCAUUGCCAAGUGACUUGAAAUAUGCAUUUCUGGGACCGGACAGCACCUUCCCAGUGGUGAUUUCAGCCCAACUCUCUCAUGAUCAAGAAGGGAAAUUGAUGGAAGUCUUAAAGCAACACAAAGGUGCCAUUGGGUGGAAAAUCGCAGAUAUAAAAGCGUUAAAGUACUUAUUGUCGAAGAAGGAUGCUAAACCACGUUUAAUCCGAUGGAUUCUUCUUCUCCAAGAAUUCGACCUUAUCAUCAAAGACAAGAAGGGUGCUGAAAACGUAGUUGCCGACCACUUGUCUCGGCUUACAUUUGCUGGACAAACUCCACCCCAUUGGAGUGCUCAAGACAUACGAAAAUUCAAGCAUGAGAUUUCAGAAUUGGAUGAGCUUAGGCGAGAUGCAUAUGACAAU